ACCUCUACUCCCACUAUUAGUCCUACCCAUUACAUUUCACAGAAAUUAAAGUACAACAGCAGAUCAGAUGGCUCAGACCACCCCCAACCACACUAUGACUGUCUCCGGCUGGGCAGCUCAUGACUCCUCCGGCAAGAUCACUCCCUUCACCUUCAACCGGAGACAAAAUGGCCCAACUGAUGUAACCAUAAAGGUCUUGUUCUGCGGAAUAUGCCAUACUGAUAUCCACCAUGUCAAGAAUGAUUGGGGGAUCACAAUGUACCCUGUUGUUCCUGGGCAUGAAAUUACUGGGAUCAUAACUAAGGUGGGAAGUGAAGUGAGCAAUUUCAAGAUAGGGGAUAAAGUUGGAGUAGGGUGCUUGGCAGCUACCUGUUUGAAGUGUGAAUUCUGCAAGGAUUCCCAAGAGAACUAUUGUGACCAAGUCCAAUUCACAUACAAUGGCAUCUUUUGGGAUGGCAGCAUUACCUACGGCGGUUACUCUAACAUCUUAGUUGCUGACCACAGGUAUGUGGUCCGCAUACCAGAAAACCUGGCAAUGGACAAAGCAGCACCAUUGCUAUGUGCGGGCAUAACAGUGUAUUGUCCCAUGAAAGACAACAAGCUGUUUGAGUCAAAGGGGAAAAGAGUUGGUAUAAUAGGGCUUGGAGGGCUUGGGCAUGUGGCUGUGAAGUUUGCUAAAGCACUUGGUCACCAUGUGACUGUGAUCAGCACCUCUCCAUCAAAGGAAAAGGAAGCUAAAGACCACUUGGGUGCAGAUGACUUUAUUAUUAGCACCAACCCUAAACACAUGCAAUCAAGCAAAAGGACUUUGGAUUUCAUUUUGGACACGGUGGCGGCCAACCACUCCCUGGGGUCUUAUUUAGAGCUGCUUAAAGUGAAUGGAACUCUGGUGGUGGUGGGUGCACCAGAAAAGCCAAUGGAAUUGCCUUCUUUUCCAUUGAUUUUUGGUAAGAGAUCUGUGAAGGGUAGCAUGACCGGAAGUAUGAAGGAGACACAAGAGAUGAUAGACUUUUGCGGGAAGCACAACAUAUUGUGCGACGUAGAAAUGGUGAAAACUAAUGAAAUCAAUGAAGCAUUGGAUAGGCUUGCAAAGAAUGAUGUCAAGUACCGUUUUGUCAUUGACAUUGCUGCCGAGUCACCGAAAAUCUAGACAUUUAAUCAAUCUUUUAUCUUUUUCAAUAUUCCACAGUUAUAUUAAACUUUUAAUUAAUUUCAAUUUAUGUUUUUCUUAAAAGCAAUUUCAAUUUGUGUUAUUGUCAAUCUUAUUUAAGAAAAGCUCAUAGAAUGCUUUUUAUGGUGUAAUCUUGUAUUCCUUUAAAUUUUCCUAGGAACAAUAAAUGCACUUCUAUUUUCUACUUCA